AUGCGGUCUAAGCGAAGACCGUUUUAUAGCAAUGAUAAAAAGAUUUAUUGGUGUGAUGGUGGAACCGAUGUAAUUGAGGAAGCAAAUCUGGAUGGUAGCAGUCGUCGCACAAUUAUUUUUAUAAAUUCUGGCCACCCGUUUGGUCUUGAACUUUAUGGAAACUAUCUGUACUGGACCGACUGGAAUGGACGUGGUAUGUAUCGUGUGAAUAUUCAAACUCAGAUAGCUACCAUUGUUAGUAAUGAUGCUCGGCUCUAUAGGCCUGGAGGCAUUUAUAUACAUCAGGAAGAUCAAGAAAACCCCGAAAUUAUUGAUUGUCCAAAUGAUAUAACAGUUAACACAACCAAUGGGCAACCAGUUGCUGUUAAUGUCACAUGGACAAAACCAACUGCUAUUGAUAAUUCCGGAGAAACACUAGAAUUAGAGUCAGACUACACCUCUGGUGAAAAUAUGUUUGUGAUUGGAAACACAACAGUGCAGUACAAUGUAUCAGAUUCAAGUGGUAACUUUAAUGACAGGUGUAGCUUUACCGUAACUGUUGAAGCAAUAUUGAAAGAGGAUAAUGAGGCUCCUGUUAUAACUUGUCCUACAAAUGUCACUUCAAACAACUACAUUGCUGAAUCUCUUGGUGUGAUAAAUGUUAACACAGAUGAAGGAAGUCCAAAUUCCACAGUUACUUGGGAUCCACCUGUCGCAUUUGACAAUAGUAAUGAAAAUGUGACAGUAGUAUCAUCACCAUACCAGUCAGGGGAUAUGAUUCCUGUCGGAAAUUCACCUACUGAGAUCGUCUUUACGGCAACUGAUCCUUAUGGUAAUGCUGAUAGCUGUGUCUUUGUUAUCCAAGUCCAAGAUAACGAGUACCCGGUGUUGCGAUGCCCAGAUGAAAUUGUCAUGGCUUCAACAGACACAAAUCUCUAUUAUUCCACUGUGUAUUGGAAUGUAUCUGUUACAGAUAACUCAGGCUCAGCAACCGUAAAUUGCACAAGCAAAUCUGGUGAUCAAUUUAAUGCUAUUUGGCCAGUAGCACAACAACCGGUUACAUGUUUGGCCGUGGAUCCAUACAACAAUGUUGAAUCAUAUACGGAAAAUCCAAACAUAACCUGUCCAACAAGUAAAACGGUAAUGACUGAUGACGGCCUACCAUUUGCAGAGUACAAUUACACAGUGGACGUCUUAGAUAACUCAGAUGAGGUAAUAUUACCUGUAUGUUCCACGCAAUCUGGUUUUAACUUUCCAAUUGGUGGCACGAUAGUGGAGUGUAAUGCCACAGAUUUGUCUAACAAUUCUGCUUCAUGCAGUUUCACCGUCGAGGUUGAAGAUCAAGAAGAUCCUAUAAUUGUUGAUUGUCCAAAUGAUAUAACAGUUAACACAACCAAUGGGCAACCAGUUGCUGUUAACGUUACAUGGACAGAACCGAUUGCUACUGAUAACUCCGGAGAAACACCAGAACCAGAGUCAAACUACAACUCAGGUGACAAUAUGUUUCUGAUUGGUCACACAACAGUGCAGUACAAUGUAUCAGAUUCAAGUGGUAACUUCAAUGAUAGGUGUAAUUUUACGGUUACUGUUGAAGACAAAGAACUACCCGUUCCUAGUUGUCCAUCACUAGUAAAUGGUGUUACUGAUGAGGGAAAACCAAAUGGCACCGUAAACUACAACAUUACCGUAAUGGAUAACGUUCAGGUUGCUAUGUUUACAACAAACUAUACAAACAUCAACCCUGCUGCAAUGACCAUUGAUGCAGCUUACUCUGUGGUUGAGACUACUGGUGUAUUCCCAAUCGGACAAACUGUAAUUGAAUACAUCUUUGUCGACUCUGCUUCACCAACAUCAAAUGAAGCUACAUGUUAUAUUACAUUACAAAUUGAAGGUAAUAUUAUUGGAGAUAUAAAGACUUUUGAUUAUAAGGUGUCUGUUGCUGCUACUGAUCAUCUUUUUAUACAAACUUAUGUUAUUGUGUUUGCAUCAAUGUGUCAUUUUAUACCUUUUUAA